UGAAAAGAAGAGAAGACAUGAUGAUCUUCCUCUAGGGUCGAACAGUGAAAUUGCAGCAGAAAUCAGAAUCUUUUUUAUUUCAUUUCAUCAUCAAGCGGGACAUCAAUAUUGAGAUUUAGUGAUGUCAGCUAAGCUAAGUGUAUCAAGCAGCAGGAUUAGAAGGAAAACGGGAAUUAGAAGAAGAAGAGUUGUGAAAUUCUGACAAUUCACAUUGGUUGAGAUCAAAGAGAAAGUAAAUUUGCGUAGAGAUGCAUAUUUGUAUGGAGCACAGUCUCCCCUCAGAAAUUGCCACAGAGAUACUUUCUCGUUUACCCACUGACUCAGUCAUGCAGUGCAGACAAGUCUGCAAGACAUGGGAACACCUACUUUGCGAUCCUUCCUUUGCUCAUAAGCACCUACAUCAAAUAUCACAGAUUGAUGGUAAUAGUAACUUAAGUCAUUCUUCUCUUAUUUCUUCCAAGGUUGGUUCUGGUUUCCUUGUCUACUUUAAAUUUACACGGGAACGAGGUUGCCAACUUUACUACGGAGAGUAUGACGACCAGCGUAAUAUGAAACUUAAAAGGAUCAACCAGACUCCCAAGCAUCAUCAGUCAAUUGUUGGAUCAUGCAGUGGGUUGAUUUGCUUUUCUAAAGAUGGUCGUGGACCUCAUUGUUCUUUGGAUUAUGAACCUACCUAUAUUUGUAAUCCUAUCACCGGUGAAUACGUGAAUUUUCCAGGACUUCCAUGGGAGGAAAAGUUACAGUCUAUGGUGUGUGGUUUCGGUUACCAUCAUUCUAGUAACAAGUAUAAAAUUGUUAGAAUUUACUAUAUUGAGAACCAACCGUUAGGGAAGGUCCAGGUAUAUACACUUGGCAGUGGCAUUGGUUGGAAAGACUUGGGAAAAACCACUUACUCAUUGCGGUACAGUUGGCAGAUUCAUCCAUUUGGUAUAUUUGCUAAUGGAGCGCUUCACUGGCUUGACAUGGAACAGAAUAUCGUAUCUUUUGAUUUGGCAGAAGAGAAGUUCUACUUGCUCCCACCACCACCUUUUUUCCCUGCUGUAACUCUGCAGAACUAUUUUAAACUUCGGGUUUCCGGAGGAUGCUUGUGUUUUUUUCAUCAGAUAAAAACAUGGAUAUCUAGACAUAUGGUUCUUAAGGAAGAAAGGAGGACACAGUAAUUCUGAUGUGAAUGAGCAAGAUUAUGGUUCAUUGAAGUGGAUUAAGGAGUUCAGCUUACCAAUUGAGAAUGAAGCAGUACCAUUUGCCGUUACAAGUAGUAGUCAAAUCCUAUUUCACUGCUUCUUUGGUCUCUUCUGUUAUGAUCCAGAAAGUGAUGAUCCAGACGCUGCAGUCUCGGAUAAUCUUGUAAGUAACGACUUCUAUCAUGUAACACAUGUAGUUCCUCACAUGAACAGUUUGGUUUCCUUGAAAGGUCUUGGAGAAGAUUCUUGUACCAGAAAAAGAUAUGGUGUUAAUCCAGCACCAAAGGAAAUCUUCAUAAAACAACAGAGAAAGGAUGAUGGAAACAUUGAUGUUAAUCCAAGUCUUCCUAAGACUCAAUGUUUUGGUAAGCAGGUGGUAUCUCCUAUAAGGGCUAUUGAUAGCUAUCUCGGCAAGUCUAUUCUUAUGCCAGUUGGGGUGGAGGCAUCUCACUCGAGCAAAGCGGCAGACAGAAAUGUUGGUGAUCCGAGAAAGAGGAAGGAAAGGUUGCUGAAGUGCAAGUCGCAACAGUUGUACUGUUCUGAUGAAAACAGUCCCCUCGGCCAUCGUUCAAGGCGCUCUAUUUGUGAGGUAUACACACUUUGGUACAUUUACCUUUGUUUAACAUGCAGCUUUACUUAUUGUCCAUGUUGUCUUCGUUUAAUCUUCAAGGGAGAAGUGGUGUUGGUGGUACACAGAAGAUUGUUGCGCAUGUCCAUGUUUCUUCAGAUCAUGAUGGAGAUAUUGGAGAAACUUGUGGAGAAGUGGGCGCCACAUUGCCUCUCAAGCUUGCGAAUAAACAAUAUAGAGAUGGUUCAGACAUGAGUGAUCAGGGAAGUGAGAAGGCGGGCUCUGAACCUGACAGACCUUAUGGUCAAGGCGUGGGGCAACCAAGGGAAAGAGACGGGUAGUUCGCUCAUGCCCCCCUUAGGGUCCCUCUGAAAGAGGGCAGCUCGAUCGCCCACUUCCUGAGUAUACUACUCCUCAACUAUGUCCGCCGAAUUUUCUUAUGGUAGCUGGGUUUCCUGUACUACCUGAGUACAAAGACUUGUAUACUGAAGUGAUCGCCUCCAAAGGGCACAUAGCAUCCGACGUGAAGGUUAAAUCGAUUUGAGUACAAGCCACUAUGGUCACAGAACUUUUGGAGACGAUCCAGCGGAUGAGCAAAAUCUCUGGCCAUGAUGUUACCUCCAACGACUUACAGCGAUGGCGUGCAGCAGUUGAUACCGCUUCCGCUAUGGACUUCCAUGUGUCAUGGUUGGAUGAUCAACUUCGCCUUCUUGAGUCUCAACUCCAUGAUGUUGAAGAACAAAAGGUAACAAAAAGGAGUCUGGAAAUAGAAGUUCAGAGGUUGUGAGAAGAGGAUGUCUUUAUUUCGCUCCAAGGUGGAUGAGUCGAGACGUGCAUACAAGGCUGCUAAGGUAGACAAAGCUGAGUUAGCUGCAAAGGUGGCUAUACUGAGCUCACCUUGCUUCAUUUGAAGCCAACAAUCAUGCAACGAUAGCUUUGUCAUGUUCGGCACUUGGUUCAUGUUUAGCUACCGGCCACGUUCAUUCUCUAUGAGGUUAUGAUUUGCUGAUGAGUAAUAGUAGUUAGUCCUGCUGAGAUAUGUGUUAUUCUAACACUUUAGUUACACCAGUAUACCCUGGAGACAACCUGUCACUCUUCACCACCUGUCCUGUUCUCAUUGGUCUCCUCUUUGACUUUUUAUUGGUCAUUAAGUCGGUCUGUAAUAAAACCACCCGUGUCUCACUUUGUGUGGUAGUUGUUCUUUUCAAGAUUUACUUUCUUUUCGUGUCUGUAAUUUUUCUGCUACUGUUAUUCAUCUUCAAUGAAUUAAAGUUUGAUGU